UAUGUUCGUUCUUCCAAGUCAAGUUCGACAAGGAGGCAUGUAAGUUUGAUUCUAAGUUAUAUCGUUUUAUCAAUUUAGCAGCUAAGAUUUUGACUACGUUGAUAUUAUUCUUAAGAAAACAAUUAUCACAGUGAGUAGGGUUGAAUAUGUCAAUUCAAUUUUGUAUAUCUGGUACAUGAUCGUUAUAUGCUUCAUGUUAUUGUUAUGGUCAAUUUCACAUUACAAGGUGAAGAUUUCUUAUGAUCUGCUUAUAAAAUGAAAUUAUAUUAUGUUCUUUUCUAUGAUGAGAUCGAAUAUAUUAGACGAAGUUGAUUUUCUUGUCAGUAUUUUGUCAUGAUCAGUUUUGUACACCCCCCCCCCCCCCCGUUCGCUGUACUUAGAAAGUGAAUGAACUUUAUUUAUUUUGAUUAUAAUUGCCGAGUGGUAGUAGUAGUCUUGGAAAUUCAGACUCGAUUGAAUUAGAUGAGUUUUAAGGAACCAUACUAGCUAAUUUUGUUAUGUCAAUUUUUAGGGAGUUUCAUUUGACGUACUACCAUGUAUGAGUGAUGCCGAGUGAGGUCUCCAGAGGGUGAUUGGUGGAUGUACCCUUGUUUUCUCUUGGCCUAUAGUAGGGGGUUUGUUUUCCCUGUUUUGCAUGAUCCACCGGCUGUCAAUAAAUGGCUGACCCACCCCUACUUCUUGUCUAUGGUUCUAUGGUUUUCCUGACUGAGUACCCAACCCCCAACCCAUACUACCACCCAAGCCCAGUUUACUACAAUGGUGUCAGGAGUGGGAUCACCGGUUUGAGAUUGAUGCAACCCCCUACUACGUCAGAGGACGCCAGCAGGUCAAGAGGAUAAGAAGACGCAAUUAGAUAUAAGAUAUAUUAAGGUUGAAAGGUAAUUUGGUUGAAAUAAUUGAAACAAGUUAAGAAAUAGUAACUAUAUUCUGUAAGAAGUUGUAUUGUUUCAGAAUUGUCAUAGAUUUCUUUCCCCAAAUAAACCAGCAGGAUGCCUGGAGGUAAUGUUGGGACUGGGGCUGGUGCGACCCCUAGCACUAGCCUCGAAGACAUGAUUGCUUCUAUGACUGGCGCGUUUCGAAGUAUGUCUAUGGCUAGGUCAAUGCCCUCGAUGAAGUUGCCUAAGUUUAAGGGCACUCCACAGAAGCCUGGUGAUUUGACUGUACGUGAAUGGUUUGAUGAGUUCGAUGAAUACUGCCAAUAUUACCAGUUAUCGGAGAGAGAGAAGGCACAAGUUCUUGUGACUCAUCUAAGUGGUCCUGCCAAGGAUGAAAUCAUGUGUAGGGAGGCAAGCCUUCGUGAGGAUCCGACCGGCCUGAGAAGGGUUCUGAUGACUCGGUUUGGCUUAAGAGAGAGCGUCCAAAGCUUGAGUAGUGAACUUCACAGCCGUGUCCAACUUGACGGAGAAUCACUUGCGGAUUUCAGUAGUGUUCUCAUCCGUUUGCAUGAUAGGAUGGAAGCAGCCGCUUCCAUACCUGAGAAGGAGGCUCUGCAAAGAUUGAGAGACAUGACCCUCAAGGAAAAAUUCGUGAGAGGGGUGCGGGACAAACAGAUCCAGAGAGAGCUGAGGAGGAUCCUAAUUUCUAGCGGAUCUGGGACAUUCCUGACGAUGAGAGAAGAAGUCCUGAAUUUAUUUCAAGACACAGAUACGGUCCCAAGACCUAGGGUGAGAGAAUGCGAAGUAGAGACUGCUAGGGUCGAAGCAUCUUCUGAGACAGCUGAGAUAAAAACAAUGAGGGAGGAAAUAUCUCUUCUUAAAGAGGGACUUAGUGAAGUUGUCAAGGAAAUUCAGGCCCUACAGCUCCCCCCUCAUCUUCGACAAAGGCCAAAGAAGAAAGGAGAGUUACAUUGCUUUAAUUGCAAACAGAAGGGCCAUGUACAGAAAAAUUGUGUUAAACCACCUAGAUGUUAUGGCUGUGACAAGCCAGGUCACUUCAAGAAAGAUUGUCCAGAGGUUAUGGAAGCGGUGAGGGGUAAUCCUGGAAAUCAACUGAGUGAAGGAUCCGCUGAAGUCCUCGCAGUAUCCAACCCUUCAAAUUAUCUUUCAUCGCUGGUAUCAGAAAGUCCAAAAGCCAUAGUCAAGAUAGCUGGAGUAGAGACUGGAUGUAUUCUAGACACAGGUGCCGAAUCGAGUCUGGUUCCACUGAGUUACUACGAGAGAUGUUUAGAGGGGAUCAUUGGGGAUCUCGAAGGCACUGAUAGCGGUUUAAGAGUGAAUGGCAUCUCAGGAGCCGUCCCAAUCGUAGGUUACUUCAGGGCACCAGUUACAGCCAAUGGGAAGACUGACGAAGUAGGAUUUAUCGUGAUCAAGGAUGUAGUCCCGAGUAAGAGAAAGGAAUACCCAGUUUUAUUAGGCUCCAAUGCUCUUUAUAGCUUUGUGGGAGAUGAUGAGUCCCAGAGUGGAAAAACUGACUGGCAGAUGGUUGCGGAGGUCUUAAAGGCAUUUCCUAAGUCUGUGUUGAAACCGGAGACUUCAACUGUGCUGAGGACUGGAGACGACAAUGAGUUGAUACCACCACUUACUGUCGGGAGGUUAGAGUGUCACGUGGACAGUGCAGUCCAGUGGGAUGGUUGCACUCAGGCGAAGGGAGAAAGUCUUCAGGUGACAGUAGCCAACCGGAGUGAGCAGCAACUUGUCAUUGAGCCCAAUACGACACUGGCAUCUGCUACAAGGAUUGAAAGAAAGAGUGAAAUAGUACUACAAGAACAGAACAAUACAGUGGAAGUCAUGGUCACUGGUAUAGAAGUUGAGCCUGGCGCAGUUAAUAAUGAGGCUCCAGUGAGUGAUGCGGUUGACGGACCAGAUAUUGAUAGCCGAAUCCAAACUUGCCUGGAUGGUCGCAAUCUCAAACUACCUAUUGGAGUUAAUUUAGAUGGACUGGAAGCUAAGAAAACCGAUGUUUUUGGUUAUUCAGCCUCGAAGAACUGA